AUGGCAGGCGCUCGCGCGAGAUCGCGCCAGACAGCUGAGCCAUCGAUGCCGAGGAGGUCGGCGCGGAGAGGGAACAAGACACGACCUGAGGAAGAGGUGCCAGCUGUGUUCCAGGAUAUGCUGCGCGAGGAAGAGGCAUCCAAGGCUACCAGUGCCCAUGAAGAUGGCCCACCGCAAAAGAAGAGAAAGACGGCGCCACUGACCACGAGUCCAUGUCGCGCUGCUCUCACCACACGGAUCUCGCCAGUGCCGCCGCGCGCGCAAGCGCAAGCCACAGCUACAAUUCAACCAGUCGCUGAAGAGCCUCAAUACAACAGCGGACGGCUGCGACAGACUAUCAUCGAUUCAGACGAGUCGGAAGACAGUGAUAUGGAGUGGGAAGAUGCGCUGGCCGACGGUGACGAUAGCGACGACGAAGACGCCCCUGAGGGCCGGGAUACUGCACCGCACAUUGGGGAUAUCUCCAUUGCCAUUGGCGCCAAAAAGACGGACGAGAAUGGUGGGAAGAGGAAAGUACGACGGCGAGCCAUAACAUCCGUCGAUAAAAGGCGCCGUCUGGAUAUUCACAAAAUGCACGUCCUCUGUCUGCUUUACCAUGUCCACUACAGAAACGCUUGGUGCAACGACAGAAGAGUUCAAAGCACCCUGCGAAAAAUUGUUUCCCCCAAAACAUUGGCUAGCCUCGUUCCGAAUCCCGACCUCACACAAUAUUCUGCAUCCAAGCAAUUUAUUGACGGGAUGAAUGGUCUCAAAAUGAUGUGGUCUAAGCGAUUCAACAUCACCGCCCGGGGCAUGCACAAGCCCCGAUGGGUCGAGGUUGAUGCCGCUAUCCGUCCCUUCUCAGACUUUGACGAUUUUGAUAGCCCUAUGGAUAAAGAUGAAUUUCGUACUGCGGCGCACACUUUGCGAGGGUCUCAAGAUGUUGGUACGCAGCUGUUUUGCGCCCUUCUCCGUGGGAUUGGCAUAGAAGCUCGUCUUGUCUGUUCCCUGCAGCCUCUACCUUUCGCUUCUGCCGCUGAGCGUGCAACUCCACAAAAGACAAAUGUGCAGAAGAAUACCAUAGUAGUUGAUCCGUAUAACAAGCCAGCAGAGCCAAGUCCCACAAAACCCACAUCACAGGGACCGCGACAUAAGAAAUUGUCCAGACUAGAGCGUGUAAUGGGCGAACGACAUACAGUCCUGAACCAUACUGGUGUGGCACCUAAGAAACAAAAGGCAUACCACACCCCGUAUCCUGUAUACUGGGUUGAGGUUUUGAAUCCUGCAUAUCAGAAAUGGGUACCAAUCGACGUAUUCUCUACAUUCACUGUCAACUGCCCCGAGAAGUUGGAACCACCGCUUAGCUUUCCUGACAACAUUUUGGCUUAUGCAAUAGCAUUCGAAGACGACUUCUCAGCGAGAGAUGUCACGCGGCGGUAUGCAAAGGCAUUCAAUGCCAAGACGCGGAAAUAUCGUGUCCACAGUACACCUGGAGGGAGCAAGUGGUGGCAACGAACUAUGGACUUUUGGAAGCGCAGAUAUCCGCUUGACAGAGACCAAGUGGAAAAUGCUACCUUGCUGCGCAAAGAGGCGUUGGAGGGCCUGCCGAACAAUGUUCAGGACUUCAAAGGACAUCCCGUCUACGUGCUUGAGCGGCAUCUCAAGCACAACGAAGUCAUUCACCCUCUGCAUCAGGUUGGAAAGGUGAAUUGUGGUACUUCCAUGAAUCCCAAAAUUGAGCCCGUAUACCGUCGUGUCAAUGUACAUACGGUCAGAACUGCAGACAAAUGGUAUCGCAUGGGGAGGGAUGUGAAAAUUGGUGAACAACCCCUUAAGCGCGCGAAACCCAAGAAAGGGCGGAGGAGUUCCAUUGAUCCAGAUAUUGAAGGCGAUGACGAAGCAGACGAGGUUGGGGCUGGCCUCUUUGCCGAGUUCCAAACCGAACUCUAUGUACCACCUCCCGUUGUCCGAGGCCGCGUUCCACGCAAUGUCUACGGCAACCUGGAUCUGUAUGUUCCUUCCAUGUGCCCACCAGGGGGUGUGCACAUUCGACAUAAGCUUGCGUCUAAAGCAGCACGUAUCGUUGGCGUCGAUUUUGCAGACGCCGUCACUGGAUUCUCUUUCAAAGGCCGCCACGGCACUGCAAUCGUGCAGGGCGUGGUAGUUGCACAAGAAUACGCCGAUGCGGUGCAAAGCGUGAUUGAGGGGAUGGAGUACCAGCAAGAAGAAGCAGAGGCAACAGCGCGCAGAACCGAAUCGCUUCGACUGUGGCGACGUUUCUUUCUUGGUCUGCGCAUUGCAAAGCGCGUCAACGCUAUUGAAAUCGACGGCGAGAAAGGCCCAGCUAUCGACGUGCAGGAUGAGAUUAGUAAAGAAGAUCGAGAGCUGGCUGCCCAGGAAAUGGCAGGUGGAUUCUUUCCUGACGACAGCGCGGCUGCCGAACCCUCAGGCAGUGGGUAUCAACCACGACACGGAGAGGAUGUCGGCGGUGGAUUCCUACCAGACAGCAACGACGCUGACUUUGAAGACAGUGGCGGUGGU